AUGGCGGCGCCCACCGAGAUGGAAGAAGAGGAGGCAGUUUAUCUAGUAGUGACCGGCAUUCCCUCUACGUUGCGAUCGGCCCAGCUUCGGAGCUACUUUAGUCAGUUCAGGGAACAGCGCGGUGGGGGAUUCCUCUGUUUUCACUACCGGCAUCGGCCGGAGAGAGUUCCUUCCCAGGCCGCUUCCCAUUCUGCCCCAUCUUCUUCCGACCCUGCGAUGGAGGGUCAGGUUCUCACCCAGACCCCGGCCACCGAUGCCCGCGCUCUCUCUACUGCGGUCCAGACUCGCACCUGCUGCUGCAUUAUCUCAGUACGGGGAUUAGCUCAAGCCCAGAAGGUUGUUCACAUGUACUCGGGCCGCCGGUGGCUGGAUUCUCAGGGAAUUUGGCUUCCGGGUCGCUGUGUCAUCCGUAGACUUAGGCUACCCACUGAGGCAUCAGGUUUGGGUUCCUUUCCCUUUAAGACUCGGAAGGAGCUACAGAGUCGGAAGGCUGAAAAUGAAGCCUUCACCCUGGCUGACCUGAGGCAACUGCCGGAGUUAAACCCACCAGUGCUGAUGCCUAAUGGGAAUGUGGGGACUCCCUUGAGGGUCUUUUUGGAGUUGAUUCGGGCCUGCCGCCUACCACCUCGAAUCAUCACUCACCUGCAGCUCCAGUUCCCCAAGACAAGUUCUUUCCGACGAUACGGCAAUGUGCCCUUCAAGUAUGAGGACUCUGAGACUGUGGAGCAGGAAGAGCACGUGUACACAGCUGAGGGUGAGGAAAUACCCCAGGGGGCCUGCCUUUCAGAUACACCAGCCAGUCCCUGUGAAGAGCCCAAGGAGGAGGAGGAAAAAGAGGAAGAAGAGUCUCGUUCAGAUGAUGAUGAUGACCGGGGUGAGGAGUGGGAGCGACAUGAAGCACUGCACAAUGAUGUGACCAGGCAAGAGCGGACCACCGAGCGGCUCUUUGAAGAGGAGAUUGAGCUUAAGUGGGAGAAGGGUGGCUCUGGUCUGGUAUUCUAUACCGAUGCCCAGUUCUGGCAGGAGGAAGAAGGAGACUUUGAUGAACAGACAGCUGAUGACUGGGACGUAGACAUGAGUGUGUACUACGACACAGAUGGUGGAGACAAGGACGCUCGAGACUCUGUCCAAAUGCGUCUGGAACAGAGGCGUCGUGAUGGCCAGGAAGAUGGGUCCAUGAUUGGACACCAGGUGGGCACCUUUGAGCGACAUACUAAGGGUAUUGGUCGGAAGGUAAUGGAGCGCCAAGGCUGGGCUGAGGGCCAGGGCCUGGGCAGCAGAUGCUCUGGGGUGCCUGAGGCCCUGGAUGGUGAUGGCCAACACCCCAGAUGCAAGCGUGGAUUGGGAUACCAUGGAGAGAAGCUCCAGCCAUUUGGGCAACUGAAGAGGACACGUAGAACUGAAUUGGGGCUCAUUUCCACCAUCUAUGAUGAGCCUCUACCCCAGGACCAGAGGGAGUCCCUGCUCCGCAGCCAGCCACCCACUAGAAUGAAGUUUCGGACAGACAUGGCCUUUGUGAAGGGUUCCAGUUGUGCCGUGGACAGCCCCUCAGAGCCCGAGUGAGGGUUGAGGGCUUCCUUGGUCAGAAUCACUCACAGCUGCAGGAUGGCGGCCUUGUCUACCACUGAAGCACAAAGGAGUCUGGAAGAGUCGCAGUUCUGAGCCUGCUUCCGGGUCUCUACCUCAUGGGCAUUAAAAAAACACCACUACAAAAACACGACCCUACCCGUCGGAUAUUAGGAUUUAAUGGCCUCUCCACCUUGGUUCGUUUGUGCUUGCCCCGGAG